AGACCUAAAUAUAAAACCAAAAACUAUAAAGAUCAUGGAAGAAAAAGUAGGGUCAAUGCUAGAGGCCCCAAUACAUGGCAAAAAUAGGAUACAAACCAUACCUAACAAUACACAAACACCAGAAGAUAAGCUAGAUAACUGGAAUCUUAUAAAAAUUAAGCACUUAUGCUCAUCAAAAGACUUCACCAAGCUCGUUGCGCAGUAGUGCUAGCGGCUUCCAGUUCCGUCCUCGGACCCGGCAUUCGGCCCUCGUGCUGAGUCGCUACAAAGCGCCUGUCGGCGAGCUGAUGCAAUCAUCCAAUGGAAAAAUAGUUGAAGCCGGUCGUCCCGGAAAGCUCUUCACUGGUGGGCUCCAUACAGAAACAAAUGAGAAAGCCCUUGAGGCAGUAUUUGGGAAAUAUGGACGAAUUGUGGAAGUGCUCUUGAUGAAAGACCGUGAAACCAACAAAUCCAGAGGAUUUGCUUUUGUCACCUUUGAAAGCCCGGCAGAUGCCAAAGAUGCAGCCAGAGAUAUGAAUGGAAAGUCCCUAGAUGGAAAAGCCAUCAAGGUGGAACAAGCCCCUAAGCCAACAUUUGAAAGUGGCAGACGUGGACCCCCUCCACCUCCAAGAAGCACAGGCCCUCCAAGAGGCCUUAGAGGUGGAAGAGGAGGAAGCAGAGGAACCCGGGGACCACCUUCACGUGGGGGUCACAUGGAUCAUGGUGGCUACUCUAUGAAUUUUAACAUGAGUUCUUCCAGGGGACCACUUCCAGUAAAAAAAGGACCACCACCACGAAGUGGAGGUCCUCCUCCUAAAAGAUCUGCCCCUUCAGGACCAGUUCGCAGCCGCAGUGGAAUGGGAGGAAGAGCUCCUGUGUCACGUGGAAGAGAUAGUUCCGGAGGCCUGCCACGGAGGGAACCCCUGCCCUCUCCUAGAGAUGUUUAUUUGUCCCCCAGAGAUGAUAGAUGUUCUACAAAAGACAGCUAUUCAAGCAGAGAUUACCCAAGUUCUUGUGAUACAAGAGAUGAUGCACCACCCCCGAGAGAUUAUACAUACCGUGAUUAUGGUCAUUCCAGUUCACGUGAUGACUAUCCAUCCAGAGGCUAUAGUGAUAGAGAUGGCUAUGGUCGUGACCGUGACUAUUCGGAUCAUCCAAGCGGAGGUUCCUACAGAGAAUCUUCUGAGAGUUAUGGUAACUCACGUAGCGCUCCACCUACACGAGGGCCCCCGCCAUCUCAUGGCGGAAGCAGUCGCUAUGAUGAUUACAGCAGCUCACGUGACGGAUAUGGUGGAAGUCGAGACAGUUACUCAAGCAGCCGAAGUGACCUCUACUCAAGUGGCCGUGAUCGGGUUGGCAGACAAGAAAGAGGGCUUCCCCCUUCUAUGGAAAGGGGGUACCCUCCUCCACGUGAUUCCUACAGCAGUUCAAGCCACCGAGCACCAAGAUGUGGUAGCCGUGGAGGAAGGCGAUCUGAUAGAGGGGGAGGCAGAAGCAGAUACUAAAAACCAACAAAACUUUGGACCAAAAUCCCUGUUCAAAGGAACAAACAAAAAGUGGAACCUAUUCUGUCAUAAUUACCCAAGGACUACUAAAAGGAAAAAUUGUGUUACUUUUAAAAAUUUUCCUGUUAAGCUCUCCUCCAUAAUUUUUAUGUUCUGGUGAGGAAAAAAAAAGUAAAACAUGUUUAAUUUUA